AUGGGUGUCAAGUCGCUAUGGUCACUAUUGGAUCCAGUGGGCAGGCCUGUGCUGCUGGAGACUAUGGAAGGCAAGGCUAUGGCCAUUGAUUCCAGCAUCUGGAUCUAUCAAUUUCAGGCUACCAUGCGCGACAAGGAGGGCCGCGGUUUGGUUAACGCUCAUGUGCUUGGAUUCUUGCGACGUAUCUCCAAGUUGCUGUUUUAUGGCAUCAAGCCCGUCUUCGUGUUUGAUGGAGGCGCCCCGGCUUUGAAGAGGGCAACUAUCACGGAACGCAAGAAGAAGAAAGCCGGUGCAGCGCUCAGUCACGCAAAAGUAGCUGAGAGGUUGCUUGCUGCGCAGUUGAGACGGGAGGCGUUGAACCAUGUUCAAGAGAAAUCGUCCGAGGAUGACAAAGGGAAGGAGAAGGUGCCAAGAGGUCCCGUUGUUAUUGACGAGAAUGCUGUAUACUUGGAGGAUAUCGAUGAAUCUGUUCCGAAAACGCCGUCAAAGGAGGCUCAGGGAAGAAUUGCUGAACCUACGCCGCCUUCCUCGCGGAAGAAGUCAAGAUGGCAUGACCACGAUCCGUACAAGCUACCUGACAUGAACAUGGACGAAAUUGUUGCCAAGGCUACCAGCUCUCAUGCGCCAGACCCUCGUCUCGCGACUGAGGAUGAACUACGUGCCUUCAUUGAGGAGAUGCGUCCAGAGGACUUUGAUGUCUCGUCCCCCGCAUUCCGCGAGUUACCUACAGAAGUGCAAUAUGAAAUCAUCGGCGAUCUUAGGCUGAAGUCUCGUCAAACGUCUUACAAACGCCUGCAAAAUAUGCUGCGGAAUACUAAGACACCUCUGGAUUUCUCCAAGGAACAGAUCAAGAACCUCAAGCAGAGGAACUCGCUUACGCAACAACUACUAAUCACGACAGAUAGCAUUGGAAAGGCCCACGUAUCCAUUCCCAUCCGAAUUGCGAGUGAGCGCAACAGGGAAUAUGUCCUCAUCAAGAACGAGGAUGGAGAGGGCGGGUGGGUCCUCGGUAUACGAGACGAGGGGACACGCAACAAACCCAUCGAAAUAGAUCAUCACACUAAUGAAGAGGAACAGGCGGACAGCAGCGACAUGGAAAUGGAGGAAGUUGCAAUAGGUAGUAAUCCUCUGUUUGACCCAGAUCUGAGGGAAUACCGCAGAGGCCAAGCGUUGACCGCCUUAGCUUCACGGUACACUCCCAAGAAGCUUGUACCAGUGACGACGCGAAUACAGAAGAGGGCCAAAAAAUCGCGUCCACUCUUCGCUCCGGAGGAGGGAGAAGUAAGAGAUGUGAACGAGGCGAGCGACGAAGAUGAGGAUCCUGCAUUUGCUGCAGCCAUUCAGCAAUCGCUCGAAUACGAAGAAGAGGCCAAUCUGAGGCAUGCUCUGGAGGCAUCAAAAUCUGAAAGCCUCAGGUUUUCCGUCUCUACAACAGUUGGCGCGUCAUCAUCUCGUGUGACACUAGACAAUGCAAAACCUGUGACGCCCGGAAGGGGAGCCUCAUCAUCUCGACUAAUCUCUGAGAACGAUGAGAUGACUACGACGGCCAUGUCAGAUGACGAGGGUUUAUAUGUCUCUCCAUCACGCUUGGAAACCGCCUUAUCCAUUGCUCAUACUGGCCUGCGGCCUCAGAGACAACCUCACCUCAGCUCGGCCAUCCAAGCAUCGAUGUUUGGUGCACCUAGCCUCUUGGUGUUAAGCGAGGCGACAUCACAUGAGCAACCGGCACCCUCGCAGACAAUAUCAGACUCGGAGGAAGAUAUGGAGGAAGUGGCGGUGAUUUCUGUGGAUACUGCACCUGUCAUCCACAGCCGCAGCGCCACGCCCAUGCGAGAUGAGCCGGUCGCGGAUGCAGCGCAAACCAUCAGUGUUCCUUCACCACAUCCUGCUCAGUAUAGCUGGGAGUCUGAAGACGAAGACGAGAUGGAGGAAGUGCUGCCCGUAGCUACACACCCAUCAAACCCAGAAACUUUGCGCGAAAGACCUACGCACAGUCAAAUCUUGCUGCAACGGCCUGGCGGACCCGCGACGCCCGAUGAUGGUUACAAGUCACUAGCUCAUGAUUUACCAAAGUCGGUCGUCUCUCCUGAUAAAGAUGCCAGCAUCUCAGAAGCACACGGACUCCUGAGUAAUUUCUCAACAUCUCGCAACCAGAAUGUAGGCCUCGAGCCGAGUGAGGUUGCGACCGACUCUGAGAAUGAAGGUUCAGACGCAUGGCAUCGAUCGUCUUCACCAGCGUCGGCAUCUCGUGCUGCCACCGCCCCCGUGGAAUCAACUGCCGAUGGGUGGGAUGCGGCGGAGGAGAUGGAUCCUCAGGCAGAAGAGGGUGAAUUUGCCAGGUUCAUCUCUCAAGUGAAGGGCCGCGACUUGGACACUGUCAGACGAGAGAUCGACGACGAGAUCCGGGAGCUGCAUCAGCAGAGGAAGAUUGCCAUGCGCGAUUCCGAGGACGUCACACAGCAGAUGGUCUCUCAAAUUAUGAUCAUGUUACGCCUUUUUGGCAUCCCAUACAUCACCGCACCAAUGGAGGCCGAGGCGCAGUGUGCAGAAUUACUGCAACUGGGCCUGGUCGAUGGCAUAAUCACAGACGACUCGGACGUCUUUCUCUUCGGCGGCCUGCGCGUCCUGAAGAACAUGUUCAACCAGUCCAAGACCGUCGAGUGUUUCCUUCUCACUGACCUCGAACGCGAACUAGGCCUUGACCGCGAUAAACUCAUACGCCUGGCAUAUCUUCUGGGAAGUGACUAUACGGAAGGUCUUCCCGGAGUCGGUCCUGUAGUGGCGAUGGAGCUACUGAAGGAAUUUCCCGGGCAGGAUGGCCUCCAUAAGUUCAAGCACUGGUGGCAGAAAGUGCAGAGCGGGAAGGAUACGAGCGAUGAUACGGGCACCACUUUUCGUAAACGCUUCAAGAAACGAUUUAAGGAUUUGUACAUUCCUGAUGACUGGCCGAACCCCGCUGUUAGGGACGCAUACUAUCAUCCCACAGUAGAUGAGUCGGAAGAGCCUUUCAAAUGGGGCUUACCAGACCUGGACGCUCUUCGCGACUUCUUCAACUCAGAGCUCGGUUGGCAUGCAUCGAAGGUUGAUGAUCUACUGCUGCCUAUCAUUCGGAAAAUGGGCAAACGAGGACAAAGUUCUACUCUCAACAAGCAAGGAAACCUCACAAGUUUCUUCGACGUUCCACUGGGAGGCAAUGCUGCACCUCGCAAGCGACAAGCUUAUGCCAGCAAGCGUCUGCAACAAGUCGUCUCGGACUUCAGGAAGGAGCGAGCAAGGCAACAAUCGGUUGAAGCGUCUGCAGCAGAGAGAGAUGCAAGCUUCUCUGACAAGGAACCGGAAGAGAAGCCAGCAAAGAGAAGAAAGACCACGGCAAGCAAGGGCAAGAGCCAAGAUCGCGGAGGAAAGAAGGCUGCUCGAGGCCGAGGUGGCAAGACUGCUCGGGGCAGGAGAGCUAAGAGAACAUCUGAAAAACGACAAGCAACUCUCGCAAGUGAAGGCGAUAAGGACGCUCCCAAUGAGCCACACUCACCGCCGCCACCACUAGCAGUGAACCUACGUCCUAGACCUACACCGGCAUACCGAGGUUCGCGGGCGGACUCGGAUGUCUCAGACGAGGACGAUAAAUGA